AUGGGCGAUUGGGUGGAGGACGACGGCAUUGAUCCACCCCAAGAACCGGCUACCGACUACACGGAAAAUGUUCCACAAAACCCAAUCGGCGUCGACGGCGACCAGGAUCCUGCGGGUAGAGAUGGCCCUGCCGCGAUAACAACAGGCCACCUGGGUUCUGCCGUCUCGUUUGUGAUCGGAUGGGCAAGCAAUGUGUUAGCUCGAGGUAAAAGGUGUCUAGCGGAUUGGUCUUCCCCGUCAUCAUCAGGCUCCGAGUUAUCUGCAGCCGCAGAGAAUGUGGGAGCUCCCGAGACGGUACCUGGUGGUGGUGACCAUCCUAGGGAUGGCGCCGCAAGGGAGGUCGUCGACGGAGACGAUUCUGCCAGUGAGGGGAAGGAGGCUGCAGAUGCUAACGGCAAUGAGGAGUCAUUCCAUUUUCUGCAUUUUGACGUAGGAGAUAGCCCUCCGGAUCAUCAUUACCUUGACACCGCGGACCAGGGCGACUGCCGUGGAAAGUGGGUCAAGAUAGUGCAGAGAGAGUGGAAAAUACUAGAGAACAACUUACCAGAUACCAUCUACGUGCGGGCAUUCGAGAACCGCAUAGAUCUGCUCCGGGCUGUCAUGGUGGGCGCUAGCGGAACACCGUAUCACGACGGGCUCUUCUUCUUCGACUUGCUGCUGCCACCGUCCUACCUAGACGCACCGCCGCAGGUGUACUAUCACUCGUUCGGGCUCUGUCUCAAUCCUAAUCUAUAUGCCUCUAGAACAGUGUGCCUCAGCCUUCUCAACACCUUUGGCGGAGAGGGCACGGAGAUCUGGUCACCAGCGACGUCGAGCCUGCUCCAGGUUCUAGUCUCCAUCCAGGGCCUCGUUCUCAACAACCAGCCCUACUACAAUGAGGCUGGGUACGAAGCUCUGGUCGGCACACCAAAGGGUUGCCGCAACGCUUUGCCGUACAACGAGAAUGCCUACCUACUCACCCUGCGAACUAUGCUCCAUCUACUGCGCCGACCACCUUUGGGGUUCGAGGAGUUUGUCAGGGACCACUUCCGCCGCCGGGGGAGGUUCAUACUUAGGGCAUGCGAGGCAUAUCUUCAAGGAUGCGACGUUGGAACGCUUUGUAGCGAGGCAUGUGCCACCAAGAGGAGUAGCGAGCGGCAGUGCUCACCUGGGUUAAGGUUCACGCUCGCCAAUCUGGUGCCAAGGCUCGUUGCGGCAUUCGUGGAGAUCGGUGCCGAGGGAUGUGUGUAA